AGAUGAUCGAUAAGGCACAAUUCGACUACAGUAGUAUCGAUAUUUUUAUGCCGCACUAGGUUUUGAAAGUAAGUGUAAAGUGACUUUUACGAUGAAUGUAAAUAACGCCGAUUACUAAAUGUGUAUAAUGAUUCGAGAUUGCCGUCGUCAUCAGCAAAGUACGCCACGUAUUGCAGAAUAUGAAUCACGAGUUAAUUAAGCAACUUGCUCGGAAGCAUGGGUGCUUGGAGAGGGUUCCUAUUGGUUCCUCAGCAAGUAAAGCUGCACUGCAGAAACCAGAUCAAAUGUUUGAUUACGUGAUAGUCAUUGAUUUUGAAUCAACAUGUUGGGACAAUGAGGACAAGUUUAAAUAUCAGCCAGAAGUUAUUGAAUUUCCAGCAGUCUUGCUCAAUACUAAGAGUGGAGCAAUUGAAGAUGAAUUUCAGCAGUAUGUUAUGCCUACCGAGAAUCCUAAACUUUCACGUUUCUGCCGAACUUUUACUGGAAUUAAACAAGAACAAGUUGAUGCAGGAGUGCCUCUUGCAACAUGUUUGCUUCUUUUUUCUCGAUGGAUAAAGAAAAUUACGGAGGAGAAAUCACUUAUUUUCCACAAGAAAGACAGCAUUCAUAAGUCGUGUACAUUUGUAACGUGGUCUGACUGGGAUUUAUCUACAUGUUUAGACAAUGAGUGCAGAAGAAAAAAUUUACUAAAGCCUGAAAUAUUAAAUCAAUGGAUUGAUCUACGUGCUACUUACAAGGCAUUUUACAAGCGUCAGCCUAAGGGUUUGAAUGGCGCAAUGUCAGAAGUUGGGCUACAAUUUAAAGGGCGCCAGCAUUCUGGUAUUUCUGAUGCCCGGAAUACUGCUGCACUUGUGCACCACUUGGUUAAAGAUGGGGCAAUCCUGAGUAUUACAAAAGUUCUUCAAGCAACCCUGCAUACUAAUUAUAAGAGUGUCCUUACAGGCAGUGAUGUACAAACAAAGUAUUCCAUACAUGAUUCAGUGACAAGGAAAGGAAUGGUUCCACAACAUCAGAGUGAUACACCUGUUUCAUCACGGCAGAGAAAAAUAUCAGAUUAUCAAGGAACAGCGGGGAAAAUGGUGAAAGGUUCUUUGUGGCACAACAUGACUUUAGCUAAAGGAAAUACAAAUUCAAGGGACCAAGUCAUAUUAAAGAACUGUACCAUGUUGGGGGAGCGUACUCCUCUUCAAGUUAUAAAUCGUCCUGCAUCUGACAGAACACAAUCUCCCAAGCAAAAACCGGGUGUAAGCAACAGGGCAACACCACCUUUAUGUAACUGUGGCAGAAGAGCAUUACGCAGGAUAGUGUCAAUGCUUGGACCCAAUCAGGGCCGUUCUUUCUUCAUUUGCUCUCACAGAAGAACACUUGGUACAACUCGAAAAUCUGGUUGUGGUUAUUUCAAAUGGGUACAAUGAUUUUUGCUUGUGACAAAUGUUCAGCUAUAUUUUCCUUUGCAUUAUUUUUAAAAGGGUACAAUAUCUGUUGCCUUAGUUUUGGAAAGGCAAUUAGAAAGUCAGGAUUAAAUCUUCUCACAGCUUAAGGCAAGUGUCCACUAAUUAAUAACUUCUGCAAGUGCUUGCUGAGGUGUUUAAAUUAGAACAAAAACUUGUGCAAUUUUACUACUGCAGCUUCAAGUUAAUUUCAGGAACUUGCGGAAGUGUUUAAAAAACAGAGGAGCUGUCACCAUUGUUGUUAAAUAAAAUCAUUACAACAAGAAAAUUACUAAAUGACAAAGUUUGACGAAUUCACUCAGAUCAAAAACUUGCCGGGAAUGUUGUAACCCAGCUCGUGUCUAUUGGAGGCAACAAAAUAUACAAAAACGGGAUUAAAAAUGUGGCAAGCCGUAUCAUCAGAGAUGACCUUUUAAUUACUCUUCAAUUUUUGCAAGCAGUAGUUAUUGUAAGAGUAUUGUAACUGUUAUUAAAUGUUACUGUGAACAAUCGGCUAAAAUUUAAAGACACCGGUACUCCCAUUCUGGUGAAAUAAAGUAAAUGCCACUCAUGGAUUAGGCUUAGCUUGUGAGAGCUGAUGCACACCUUUAUUGUAAUUCGCUUUAAACUGUUACAAAAGUGCAUUUUUUGUUUUGGAAUUCAUAACAAAAACACUUGUGGCAUACUACAAUAAAAUGUGCAAAAUAUUCUGUUUUAAUUCAAAAGAAGACACAACACCCCGUGUCAUAAAUAAAAUCUGAGUCAGCACUUUGUCACUUUUUAUGCUGGGAAAAGUGUAAGUAGUAUCAAUAGGAGAAUUCAUUUCAGGAAACUGAAAUUACAAGGAGCAGAAUGGAUGGCCAGUACUGACAAUACAAGCAGAUACAUUAUUUGUAAGUUUACUUUCCUCCUUAGGCGGCUUCAAAGGUUAGGAUCCAUGUUUUUAUCUGUUUUAAAUGAAUGUAUUGUCAGUGCUGGAAAUUCAUCUCCUGGAGGUAAGUACUGUCCUACCAAUUCUGUUUCCUUGUAAGUAUAGAAAAAUGUACAUAUCAUGCAAAUACUUUAAUAGAAAUAAUAAAAUAUGAAUUUAUUUAAAGCAGUGGUCAGUUAACAUCUGUGUUCCAUUUUCUUUCUUCAAAAGCUAACAAUACAUGUUCUAAUUUGCCACAUUGAUGUUAUUUAUCGUAGAAUAACAAUUUAAUAUGGAAUUUCUCCUGUUGUGUAACACAGCUAAAAAUUCGGGAUACUUAUGGUUGUACAUUUAAGCUGUAAAUUAAGAAAAGUGAUUAAAACAAUUCUUUGUAUUUUUGUUAACAUUCAAUAAAUUGAAAGAUCUGUGGACCAAUGAAACAGUCUUGACCUAUCACCCCUCCUCCAAA